UUGUUUCCAUGGCAACCCGGGGGUUGCCUUCUUCGCGCUUACGAGUGUCGUCUACGUUUGCUUUGGCGACGCCGCUAAAUUUCCGUGCCUGUCGGCUACCCCUAGCAGGAAAGCGAGUGUUUUCCAUUGUGCGUUCGAGUGUCAAGCGUCUCCCCUUUGCUGCCGUCCAAGGUGAAGGAAGGAAGCCAAGAUGGACGGAACGCAGCAGGUCAGCCUGCAGGUGGCAGGUUCCUUCAAAGCUUUCCUCAUGAAGAGCAGCAGCAAGAGCAACUUAAACCUGUACGACCACCUUUCUCGCCUGCUGAUGCGCGUGAUCGAGGAGCGUCCUCACGACGUGGUGGACGUGAUGGAGGACCUAAGUCACGAUGUGAAGCUGCGCCUUUACUUGGACACGCAGAACAGCCUCCAGGACCUCCAGCAGACCACCGCUGCCGAGGAGUUGGCAGAGCAGCAAAAGGUUCUCUUUGUCAGGCAUGAGGACGCCCCCGAGCAUGAAUUCGAGUUGGAGUCGGCCCUUCCUAACGUGAGCGAGAUCGCAUACUUCCUGGAGCAGGCGGGCGUGGGCCUGGGCCGCGAAGAGAUGCAACGGGUGUUCCUGGCCCUCAAGCAGCUGGUGUCGUCCUACACUAUGCAGCGGUGUCGCCUGUGGGGCAAAAUUCUGGGCAUUGAAAGGAGCUACAUCAUUGCCGAGGCUGAGUUCGCAGAGGGCGAGGAGGAGGACGAGGAUGGGCCCGAGGAGGUGGCUGACGACGAGGCCCGGGAGAUUGACGCCAAGGAAAAAGCCGAGCGUGAGAUGGAUCCCCUCCCCCAGUCGACGUACAAAGCUCCACCCGUGGUUCCCAAGGAGGCCAAAGGAACCGGAGCCAACAAGUUUGUGUACUUUGUGUGCAACGAGGCGGGCCUGCCGUGGACCAAGUUGCCGUCUGUCACGCCGGCCCAGAUCACGGUGGCCCGCCAGAUCCGCAAGUUCUUCACGGGCAGGCUGGAUGCCCCCAUUGUUAGCUACCCGCCCUUCCCAGGCAACGAGGCCAACUACCUGCGGGCGCAGAUUGCCCGCAUCUCAGCCGGCACGCAGAUUAGCCCGCAGGGCUUUUACCAGGCCAUCGAGGAGGAAGGCGCCGAGGAGGAGGGCUCCUCUGAGGAUGGCAUCGAAGAGAACCCCGAGUACGAGGGUGUCCCCGUCGGGGAGCUGGUAGACUCCUUGUCCUCGUGGGUGCAUCACACGCAGCACAUCCUGCAGCAGGGCCGCUGCACCUGGGUGAACUUGGCCGUGAAGACAGAAGACGAGUCCAACGAGGAGGAGGGUGAGGAGGUCGAGGAGGACCCUGACGAGCCCGAGCCCGAGGUGGGCCCCCCACUGCUCACGCCGCUCUCCCAGGACGCAGAAAUCUUCGAGACGGUUCCUUGGAGCUCCAGCCUGUCGUCCACGCUCACCUCCCAGCACGCCAUCGCCAUCAUGCGCUCCAACUGCUGGCCGGGGUCAUGUGCCUACGCUUACGCUAAGAAGUUUGAGAACAUCUAUGUGGGCUGGGGGCUGAAGUACCCGGGUGACGGCUACAGCCCACUACUCCCGCCCGCGCCCCAGAGUGAGUACCCCAGUGCCCCCGAGAUCACCGAGGACGUGGACCCCACUGUGGAGGAGGAGCAGGCCCUGCAGGAUGCGCUGGACGAGAAGCAGGCGGCCGAGGAGGCUGAGGAGGGAGACUCGGACGAGGAACAGGAUGAGGAGGACGACUGAGGCCGUCACGCUUAAACGUCGCAAACGUCAACCAUCGGUUUAAUUUUGAUUGUGUUUUAUUUAAUAAUGGCGGGAAUUUUUUAAAAUUGUUCUGCUUUUUAGAUUUUUACAAAUAGACACACCGAAAUAUCUUAAUUCUUUAUGAACUGAUACACAUAUAACAGAUACUAUGGUCGUUACAAUCUUUAACAGAUAAUAACCGACAUUUGUUUAAAUUUAAUAUUAAAUCGGAAGCUUUAGAGAAAUCGUCAAUAAAUUGUAGGGCGAUUGGCGGCUGACUUGUGUUUUUAAGAAAAAUUGUAGUGUCAUCUGCCAGUUGACUAAUGACAAUCUCUUUGUCCGCUAUAGAUAUUGCUUUCAUGGCAUUAUUAGAGAUUUGAGAUGCAAGAAUUUGGGUACAUAGCAAAAAAAGAUAAGAACUCAUUGAGCAUCCCUGGCGUAUGCCUCGAUGAAGACAGAAACGAGAUGUUGUGCCGGUUUUCAUUGUAUUAGAGCUAUUUGUGUACAAGUACAAAUUCUUGACAAGCAUUGCAAAACACAAAACCAAAUUAUUAGUGUGACAAAUAUAAAAUUGUGCUCAAUUGUGUCAAAGGCUUUGUAGAAAGGACACAUUAAUUGUCAACUACCAGCUCUGAGUAGUCCAAAAUGUCCAAGGAAAGUCAGAUGUUAUUGGGGAUGUGUCUAUUUGUCAUAAAUCCAGAUUGGCAUCUAUAAUGGUGUCUAAAACUUGUUUCAUUCGCCUGGCUAGCAAUAAGGCUAUUAUUUUGUAAACAUUGUUUAAGAGACUUAUUGGCCUCCAACUAUCAAUGGCGAGUAAAUCCUUUUUGGUCUUAGGAAUUAAGGUAAUAAACAGAGAUGGGACCAAGUCACACAUGUGCAAGUCUCAAGUGAGUCUCAAGUCUUAACCUUCAAGUCUCAAGUAAGUCCCAAGUCAUUUUUUUCUUGGGUAAGUCAAGUCCUUAAAUAGGUCAAGUCAAGUCCAAUUCAAGUCACCUUAUUAUUGCAAUUUUACCCGCAGAAUCUGAUUUUAGUAACGUGAAAAGACAAGAUGUAAGUAACUUUAAGUAACCAUCAUUGUCCAAUGUGUCUAACCUGUUUAAAAAAAUAUGACAAUAAUUCGGAUUUGCACUGUAAUUACUGAUAUUGAGUCAAAUACACCAUGGAAUCAAACAAAAAAGAAAUUACCUCAUACAAUGAUUGACAGCUCAAUCUAAACAAAUGAACGUCUGCCGACAGUGUCUGACACAUUUGAGUUGCAAAUAUACAAAAAUUAUCUGAAAAAAAUAACACAUUAAAGAGCAUUAGAAACAUUUUAAGUUUCAUCUGUAACAUCUGGAGACACCAGAGCUCUAUAAACCUCAAACGGACAAAGUCGUCUGGCUGUCUGAAAUGUUCCUGUUGCAUAUCUUGCACUGUGCUGUCCGUCUUUUGCCGUUAUAAAAGUAAUUACGAUAGCCGAAGGUACAGGUGUUGUGCUUGAUUUGGUUCCCCCGUGAGAUUUUGUUUCCCCUGCCGCGGGAGCGCGCACGCCUUAUUUGGAAAGCGAAAAACCGAUGUCGUACGGCGUCGUAGGGCGUCAGCACUACGUUGUUUUCAAUAAAAACAUGAAGAACUCA